CGAUGAGUAGGUGUAAAAUAACUUUUAGUCAGCGGAUUUUUCCGAGAGUUUUCCUCGCGGAACCGUCGAUAACACAAUGAAUAAUGGCUGAUACGUCGCCGAGAAAUGAUCAAACCGCCAGUCCCGCCGUCACGCCCGAGUCUUCCAUCGACGAGGAAAACUUCCUGGUGCCCCGCAGGACCGGCCUGAAGGAGGCGGACGGUCGCAGGAGGCGGCCCAGAUGGAGGAAGGACACCCCUUUCGGUAUACUCGCCGUCAGCCUGAUUCAGCUCCUCGUGCACGCCCUCUCCACCCCAAGGCUCAGCAAACGGCUCAGAUUCGAGCCGGACGGGCGCCUCCAAAUAUGGCGCUUCAUCACCUACAUGUUCGUCCACGACGAUUGGUACCACGUCACCCUCAACGUCCUCAUCCAAACCAUCUUCGCCGUGCUGCCGGAGAAACGCCAGGGCCGCUGGCGCGUUUUGCUCCUCUACUUCCUCGGGGGCUUCUUGGGCGUCCUCGCCGCCUCCUGCGUGCGCCCCGACAUCGUCAUCGGCGCCUCGGCGGGCGUCUACGCCCUCUUGAUAUCCCAUCUAUCAGACAUCAUCCUAAAUUAUUCGACGGUGGAGUACAAAGUGUACAGGGCCGGUUCGAUUGGGGUGCUGGUGGUCUUCGACGUGGCGUAUAACGUGGUGCACGUGUAUUUGAAGAAGGAGCCCGUCAUAUCGUGGGAGGCGCAUUUCGCUGGAGGCGCCGCCGGGUUGCUCUUGGGCUUCGUGUUGUACAGAAGCGAUGAUAAAGAGAAAUCGGCGGUGAAUAGAACGUUGUAUUGGGCGAGUUUUUUUAUUUAUAUCGCCUUGGUGACUUGCUGCGUCGUUUUGACGGUGCAAAUCGAGAGAUGUACCGAUCCUAACGUUAUACGGUUUAGAUAUAUCUAUGUUUGUUGAUGAUGAUGGUCAUUGUAAACGGUUUUGGUUUUGUUUGAUUUUUUUUUAUUGUAAAUAAGACUGAGGUUUAUACACGAUUAUUGCUGUUUACUAAUUUUUAUACUCAAUAAAUGAAUGAAUU